AUGGCACAUGCAACUCAAGUAGGCCUACAAGACGCUACAUCCCCCAUCAUAGAAGAACUAAUCUCUUUCCACGACCACGCCCUCAUAAUCAUUUUCCUUAUCAGCUUCCUGGUCCUAUAUGCCCUCUUCCUAACACUCACAACAAAACUAACCAACACUAACAUUACAGACGCCCAAGAGAUAGAAACCAUCUGAACAAUCCUACCUGCCAUUAUCCUAGUCCUAAUCGCUCUCCCAUCCCUCCGUAUUCUCUAUUUAACAGACGAAAUCAACGACCCUUCCCUCACCAUCAAAGCAAUCGGCCAUCAAUGAUACUGAGCCUACGAAUAUACAGACUACGGCGGACUGGUCUUCAAUUCCUACAUGCUCCCACCAUUAUUUCUAGAACCCGGAGACCUUCGACUCCUUGAAGUCGACAAUCGAGUAGUUCUCCCAAUUGAAGCCCCUGUUCGUAUAAUAAUUACAUCACAAGACGUCCUACACUCAUGAACUGUCCCCUCCCUCGGCCUAAAAACAGACGCCAUCCCUGGACGCCUAAACCAAACCACAUUUACCGCCACACGCCCAGGAGUAUAUUACGGCCAAUGCUCAGAAAUCUGCGGAGCCAACCAUAGCUUUAUACCAAUCGUCCUAGAGCUAAUUCCCUUAAAAAUCUUCGAAAUAGGGCCCGUAUUCACCCUAUAA